UAUGUAACUGCAACUUUCUUUUUCUUCUACUCACCUUUUUACAAGUGUAAGCUACACUCUUCUACUCUAUAAAGUAAUGAACUCAUUGUAUAAUAAUGCAUUAAAACAGACACACGCUUUACAAAGAGACUUGGACAAGUUUCAAUCAGGUCAAGAUGCUUCAGCAGGAUUGCAAGGUCAAAUAUCUGCCUCUUUUAAUAGUUUACAAAGGUCUAUAGAAGAUUAUGAAAAUAUUGCAAAGCGAGAGCUCAUUCCAGUCAAAAAGGAAACAGCCUUAACACGAGUUGCAAAGUUCAGGCAUGAUUUGCAGGAAAUGAAAACACGUUUUGAGGCAAUAAAAAAGCAACAAGAGAAUUUGAAAAAUGAACAAAAUCGAGAUAACUUAUUGAGAAGAGCUAACAGAGGCAGUGGCGGCAACAAUAUUCCUGAACAUCCAUAUCAACCUUUAUCAAGAGAUGAAUUUGCUUUUCGUGAACAAAAUUUUGUCAGAAACACAGAUUCACAAUUGGACGAAUUCAUUGGCCAGGCACAAAGUUUGCUAGAGAACUUAACAGAUCAGCAUAAUAUAUUGAAGAAAACACAAAAGAAAAUAUUGGAUACAGCCAAUUAUUUAGGGUUAUCCCAGAAUGCCAUUCGAUUCAUUGAAAGAAGGACAUCUCAGGAUAAAUGGAUCUUUUAUGGAGGCAUGGUAUUCACUGUUUUUUGCAUCUGGGCCAUUAUUCAUUACAUUGCAUAAAUAAAGGAACCGCUGUACCCUCUAUUGCAUAAUCCAACCUAAGCUGUUGAAAGGUAAAAGAGAGCGCUCACAUGUCGGUGGCCCUUUAGUGACAACGGCAAGCCUAGAAUGUGAGCUUAUUUUUCUAACUUCAUAGCUAUCUCCCCGCAUUGAUAACCAUUUGAUUUUUUUAUUACAUUAUAUUAUUUUGUGAAAUUUAUUUUAGGACGUAAACACUUCACUUUUUUCGAAUAGUUGAUUGGCUUUUUUUCUCCUCUAUGGUGAACUUAGUUAACUAUAUCUUCUGUACUUUUCUUAUGUCAAACUACCUUGCUAUACUUUUGUCUUUACCAUUAAAAGUGUAGUAUUAGCAAAGUAACCCAACUCAUACAGAACUUGAUACAAGACUGCAAGCAGCUUUUCUAAUGGAUGCCUUACCAAUACGAGCGUGGAGUAAAUAGUACAAUUUAUAAUGUGUUAGAUAAAGACAAG